AUGGCGGCAGUUGACAUCGAGACCGGGAGAACUGACACUCAAGACGACAACAAGGAAAAGUUUGUUCGGCUUCUGCCUUUGGAGAAGACUCUCGCCAAGGCUGGCAACAACAUUUCUACCCUCACAUGGUUCCAUGGGAACUAUCAUCAAGCGGAGGCGCUCCUCAAGUUGAGAUCGGAUGAGAUACUCAAAGCAAAUCCUUGGCUGGGAUCUAGGCUGAUAACACCUUUCUUGGAUUGCAAGCUAGCCUACAAGGAACAGCCCAACUUGGACAAUCACUUUGAAUGUCUAACCAAUCUGAAGCCUCCCAUCUCGCGAGAUACACCGCUGGAAAAGCUUGGGCCAAUCUUGUCCGAUUACACGGUCAAUACCAAGUUGUUUCGCAAUGUCCCGCUCUGGAAGGUGAUCAUCAUUCCAUGCCACAAGAAUCCCGAGGAGAAGUUUGCGGUCGUUCACUCCAUGAACCAUGUCAUUGGCGAUGGACACACGUUUUAUCACAUUCAGAACAUGCUACUGAACUGGGACGAACCGGUGCAGCCACUGAUUGUCGAGCGAAUGGCCACCACGGUUGCUUCGCAAACAGAGGCAAUGGGGGGCAAGAAGGAGUCCCAUAUCCUAUCAUCCAUUGGCUUCCUCGUGGCCUACGUAAUUGGGGUUAUUCUGAGCUUCAUCCUGCCGGGAAGGAAAGCCGUCUGCAAGUUGUAUCUUAUGGACAUAGAGGCUGUCAAAAUUGCAAAAGAGGAGGCGAUGAACAAACCUUCAAAAGAGGAGGCCAUGAACAAACCUUGUGAUAGCGAGACAUCUCACAGCGAGAGUUCUGAUGAAGAAAGUGCUUCGAGCCCGAGUGUGCAGUUUGUCUCUACCAAUGAUGUCAUGACAAGCAGCUUCUUUCAGGCUUGUGAAGCAAAGCACGGAAUGAUGGCAAUGAACUUCCGAAACCGCAUGGAAGGCCUUGGUGACCUCCAUGCUGGAAACUAUGAGAACAACAUCUACUACCGACCCGAAGACUUCGCUUCUCCAGCGCUGAUUCGGAAAUCAGUUACACCCGAAGAGAAAGGUGGCGCAAUGGUAUUCCAGCGACGUGCUACACAGGAUGUUCCCAUAAAUACUGGACUGUGUGGCUUGGCUUUUGGAACCUAUGGCCUGGCAACCAAUUGGGUUUCCUUUUGCAAGCCGUGUUCCAUUCCCCAUUGCCAAGAGGAACUUCACAUGCCUCUAUUUGACAUGGCCCGCUUCCCCAAUGUUCUUCCUCCAAAUAUGAUCAACCAGAUCGUCUUCCGAGCAGGCCCUGAACGGUUUGGUGUGCUCCUUGGUGGGACAGCCAAAACCGUGAAAAGACUAGAGACUGAGUUCCCCUUCCUCGCGGGCCCCCUUGUCUAA